CAUUUCUCGAUCACUCCAGUUCCCCUAAGAAAACACCUAUCAAUCUGAUUCGUCGACUCAUUUCUACGCUACUUUUUUCUCUUCAAUUUGGUCCUUCAAUUCAUCCAAUUUCGUGCCCAAACACAACCCUAAUUUCCCUUCAUUCUCUAAUCCCCAAUUUUAAUCCUAGAUCUUAGAUGGGAUAAAGCCUAAAAAAUUCCCAUGCGGAUAAGACUUGGUAUCUCCAAAAGACCCAUUACAUCGAUCUAGAUUUCAACUUCUUUUUUUUCUCAAGGCAGAAUUUUUUUUAACUGUGGACUGAUUGGACUGGUGCUUCACUGGUAUUACCUUUGCAAAUGGCAAAAGGUAGCAAAGGACGACGUGGAAUUGCUUUCCGGCAAGUCCGGCCAACCCCGUACUCAUUUACCUCACAUAAUGAAAACAUUUCAGGGGAUUUUUACUCAAAAAAAUGUUCCAAAGCUUUGGGUAAGAAUGAUUGGGAAGACGCGACUUGUUCUGUUUGUAUGGAGUGCCCUCACAAUGCCGUGCUUCUUCUCUGCUCGUCCCAUGACAAUGGUUGCCGUCCUUACAUGUGUGGAACUAGCUUCCGAUACUCGAACUGUCUCGAUCAAUACAAAAAGUUCUACACUAAAGUAGUCUCAUCCAAUGAGGAAGAACCUUUGUUUAGUUCCAUUGAUACUCCGGUCUUGGCACCAGGUUCUGGCUGGCCCGUCGAGAAGAGUGAAGUAACGGAACUCGCAUGUCCACUUUGUAGGGGUCAAGUGAAAGGAUGGACAGUAGUGGAACCUGCAAGGGAAUAUCUAAAUUCUAAAAAGAGAAGCUGCAUGCAGGAUGACUGCACUUUCGUCGGGACUUUUAAAGAACUAAGGAAACACAUGAGAUUGGAUCAUCCAUGUGCUCAACCACGAGAAGUGGACCCUACUCUCGAACAAAAAUGGAGGAGGCUUGUACGGGAACGGGAACGGGAUGAUGUGAUCAGCACCAUAAGGUCAACAAUGCCAGGGUCAAUGGUUUAUGGUGAUUAUGUAAUAGAAGGAAAUCACCAUGGUUUCGAGACAGAUGAAGAAGAGGAUGGUCAGAAUGGAGGUUUCGAAGCAAGUUUGGAUAGUAAUUUCGUGAAUUUCUUUCUUCUGCUGCAUGCAUUCGGGUCAUCCGGGAACGACCUUGGUAGUAUACGACCAAGGCAGCCUACACAUGCAGCUGAUGAGAAUGCUGAACCCAUCAAUUUAUCUGAUCAAGAUGACGACGACAAUGAUGAUGAUGAUGAUGGAGGCAAUAUUGCUUUGGUUAGCCGCCUCGGCCGACGUUCAGGCAAUAGACAAACAGGAAGGUAACAUAACUGGAUAGUGAUAGGCAAAAGCUUAGGUAAAAAAGAAAACACAUUAAAAAAUAAUACACUUUGAGUUUCCACUCAUUUACAUGUCAUUCAAUUUAGGGGGAAAUAUAAAAAAUAUCAUAUGGUUGGCUUUGACUUUGACUUUGUUGUAUGUAUAUACAUUUCAAUGUACGCACAAUCUCUUUGUGUUCGCUGAAUUUGUGCUCUGUAAACUUGUAAUUAAGUUCAGUUCUGUUAAUCAUGGACCCUGUAUAGUCUUGUGCUUAUAAAUAUUAUUGUUGAAUGAUUUUUAUUUUC